CAUUAUAUCAAUAAUAACCCGUUACGAUCGUACGUUUUUUGUUUUAUUUUAUAUCCGUAAAGGAAAAUCAUUUUUACGUAAGUAAGCAGUUCGUUAAUUGCGUACCGUGACGAAACGUUGAUUCGAUGAAAAUAUUUGGUUAGUUAACUCGUUGUCGAUUUGUUGUGCAUCGUCGAACAUUCGAUGCGAGAUCGUUUCGCGUAUACGACGUUUCGUGGGAAACGAGAUAGGGGUGUGGGGGGAGGCGUUCGUGAAAAAUCUGGUGUUUUCUUUUUUUCCCUUUUUUUUCCUUCUUUUUUUCAUUUGACUUUCGGUGCAUUUGGUAUCUUUUGUUAACGCGAGACAAUCGAUGUUUGGUGGAUAAGAAGAAGAAUAAGAAUAAGAAGAAGAAGGAGAAGAAGAAGAAGAUCGAAUGUACACGGGGGUUAGUGGAGGAAAGAGGAAGAUAUCCUGCUGCAACAACCACCUGUGUUGUUAGGACAAACUCUGACGCGCCAAGGAUGUUGCUCGUGAUCAGGGUUGCUACGGAUGUAGUUUACCUACGUCUCUGAUCCUCCGUUUCUUUUUUUUUUUUUUGACUUUCUGGAUUUAAGGAUACCAAGGAUUACGGAUUUACGCAGAAAAAUAGGAGAGCGAUAGAAGAAGAUAAUCGUUGGAAGUAAAGAAAAAGAAGAAAAGAAAAUAUGUCGAGAAGGGGAGGUUGGAAAAAUAACCGGCUCUUUUUUCUCAUUGAAGAUAUCGAAGCAAACGAUAGAAUAGAAAGAAGAAGGUGCCACCAACAUAACCACCGUCACCACAUACACAACCGCCACUACCACCACCAGCACACCACCAUCAUCAAAUCGUUUUCGUCUUCUUCUUCUUCUUCUUCUACUUCUUCUUCUUCUACUUCUUCUUCUUGUUCGAUAACACGACUUGGUCUACCUCCCAUUUCCUCGUUCUCCUCCUCGAGCUCAUUGAGAAUGUGUAUCGGAGCGUAAGAAGACGUAGUAGCAGCAGUGGCAAUAAAAUGUCGUCCGCAUUAUCGUGAAAAUGUGCGAAAGGGGGAUGGGGUGGACUACAGCAGAAAGCUUUAGAGGGGGUUGGUCCACCCCCGCCGGUGCUGCGACUGUUGGAUGUAGAAACUCCGCGAUGAGUUUCGGGGGCAGUGUACCUUCUCUUCACCCAGCUGGUUCGAUACGAUCCUUACGUUCCCAGCAUUCCAUGCAGUGUCCACAAGAGACACCACAAAGAUGCAUACACUGCCAUCCCGUACACGCAUCUAACACUCCUAACAAUUACGUGCAUCACCCUAUGCAGUAUUACACCCCCAGUCACUGUGCAGAAGCUCAACAACAGAAUGGGACGUAUACCCCACAUCGGAGUUCUUAUCACGGUGACACUCGAAUACGUUACACGGAUACGGAAGAAAGUUUGGCAGGAAACGCAAAUUGGGUCCUCGGUGAUUUACGAAGUCUUCAUCGUUGUGUUCCCGCAUUGCGACGUACAGGCAUAGACGUUGCCGGUAUGCGAGCACAUUUCUAUCCAGAGGGUGGCUGGGGGUGGUUAGUAUGUGCAGCUGGCUUUCUCGCCCUGUUGCUCACUACAGGAAUGCAACUCGCCUUCGGGUUUCUUCAUCUUUAUGCUGCGCGCCAUUUCGGCGAGUUACACAUGAUGGACAUAGCCUGGGCAGGAGCUUUAAGUGCUGCGGUUUCACGUGGUUCUGCUCCAUUGGUUGUCGGCGCGUGUCGUCGUGGAAGUACACGGCUCACCGCUGUCAUUGGUGGCCUUGUAUUGGCAUUAGCUUCGCUUUUUACUUCCUUUGCCCUACAAAUGCAUCAGGUUCUUUUGAGCUACGGGUUGGUCUUAGGGACAGGGGCCGGUUUGGUGAGAGAGACUGCUGGUUUGGUACUCGGCCAUUACUUUAGAAGACGACGAGAGUUCGUUGAGAUGGUGGUGCAAGCUGGCACGGGGGUGGGAAUUGCCCUCUUCAGCGUAUUUUACAAGGAAGCGGUUGGAAAGCUAGGCUGGAGAUUAGGAUUGCAGGCGGUUACAGGAGCACUCUUCUUGGCCUUUUUCCUUGGUCUGAUUUAUAGGAGUGCUUCUCUUUACCAUCCUCAACGUAGAGCCAUAUUGCAUCUCAAAAAUCAACGUACCAAAGUGAAAGAAAAAAAAUCAGCAACGAAGGUACCAACUCAACCAUUGGUUGAUCUCAGUCCUUUAGGAAGUAGACCAGUCAGAAUGUUGAUGUUGGCAGCUGGAGCAGCUGGUUUUGGACUUUACACUCCAGCCUUUUACAUAGCAUUGCAAGGAUAUCAAGACGGUCUGGAAGCAAGUUCGUUGGUAUUACUACAGACCUGCUUGGGUUUGGCAGCAGCACUAGGAUGCGCGGCAUGGGGGGUAGUUACAGCUAGACCAUCUGCUCAGUGCUUGGUGUCCAGGCAAUAUCUCUGCCAAGCAGCACUUCUCGGAGUUGCCGUAGCUCAGGUGGCGCUUGGUAGUGUGCAAGGUUAUCACGGAUUGGUGUUGGCAUCAGGCCUUUAUGGAGCUUCUCUCGGUGGUGCCCUUUACUCCCUCAAGAUGUUGGCUCUCGAAAGAGUAAGGGCAAGACAUUUCGCGAGAUCUUGGGCUCUCGUUCAAGCAGCGGAAGCUUUACCCAUCCUACUCGGAGUUCCUCUUACUGGUUACAUGAAUGCUAGCAGCCCAAGGGUAGGCUACUAUGCGUGCACGUUGAGUUCCUUGUGCGGCGCCGCGUUGCUCUUCUUGGUUGGUUGGGGUCGACAACCGACAUCACCAGUUUUACCCGGGCCACGUUUAUCCAGUCUUGGUGCCGUACCACCGCCCUGUGCCUGUCCACCACCACCAAGACCAAGGUUACCCAAAUCUCAAUCCCUACACGUACCACUCGACGUCGAAGAGAACAUGCACGAGAGGGAAAGCGAAAGCAUACACACUGCCGAACAUUAUUACCAACCACAAUUUCAUACUCCGCUUAGGCCAAGCAAGAGUGUACCAGAAGGUUUGAGUCAUCCGCAUCAACAGGAUCCUUAUAGGACGAGACCUAGGCGUUAUCGUGACGUUACUGUUAUCGAACAAAUUACUACCAGUGUUUAAAGGAACAUUCCUUGCUAGUAAUCUACGUAAUUUAGGCUUUUAAACAAAAUAUCAUAAGUGACAGACUAUAUUUUAUGCCUUAACAAUUUUGAAACACGAUUACAUUGGUGGAAAGUUUGUGAAAUUCGAAGAAUUCAUAGGAAUUUAGGCAAAGUUUUAUGUCAGAAUUGAAUCUAGAUUGAAACACUUCAUCAUUUGUGAAGAAACGUUCAGUUACGAAAGGAAUGCUCGGUCAAAAAAUAAAUCUAUUAAUACCUAGGGCUGUCUGGCUUUUCAAUCAUUAAAAAGGAGCUUAAAAUCGAUUUUCUAUUAAGGCACGUCGAUGUCGGCUAUUUCGUAUGCGUGGAUGUUACGUUAACGAAAGACCAAAUGUGUUUACAUAAUCGUUGAGCUCGUGUGUGUAUGUGUAUAUGUAUGUAUCGUUUAAACGAAAUAUGUACGUGUAUAUGUAGAGAAAACGGAUCGAUCGACGUUUUCCAGGAAUAACUCCAAAAUAAGGAUAAUCAAAAAUAAUUCCUAAAUUAAAAAACACAUUAAUCAAAUAUCCUAUAAAAAUAAAACAUAAGUUAGAUAAUUGUAAGACUUAAACAAACAAACAAACAAACAAAAUGGAAACUAUGGUAGGAUAAUUAAUAUUUCGAAGUAAAAAAACAAAAACAAAAGGAAACGUGCUAUUCGAUCUUCCCGUGGACUUUGUCUUUGUCGUCGUGAUAAAAAAUAAGGAAGAUAAAAAAUAAAAAUUAAAAAAAAUAAAAUAUUCUCUCUUCUCUUAUUAAGAACUCAACCCACGCACGCAAGUGUAUCUCUGGUUAAUUAAACAUUGGAUGUAAACGAACUUAUCUUAUUAUUUGUAUUUACUUAUAUCUCGAACGAGCGAAGUGAAUCGAGUUCGUAAUGAGUCGAUUUACAUACACAUAUAUAAUCGAAUACCGUAGUUAUGUAAUAACACGAAGUACAGAGUGGGCCAAAAGUUCUCUAACGAUUUUAAAGAUCGACUUUAUAGACUUGCAUUUAAACUUGUAGUUUUACUUGAAAAUUAUCUAAUGGAGUAUUAAAACAAAAGAAAUUCAUUAAUAUUUAAAAUAAUCUACGAACUUUUGUUCCCAUCCUGUAUAAAUUAGACUAAAAUAUUUAUUCCCGUUAACGACGUUAGUUAUACUAUCACAGACAUAUACAACUGCGAAAAGGUGAAGAACGAUUCCAUUGACCGUAAUAAAAUGAUCGAAUAAUUAGAUUUGUUUUUUAUUUUCGUGCAUGAAACACGCUGACAUAGUUUCGACCGAAAAAGAAUCUCUGAUACCCUGUAUGUCAUGUACAAAACACAUAUCGUGUUUAACACUAAACCUAUCGACAUUUCAUCUAUACCUAUUCCUACCGUGAGCGAUCAAAUGAUCGCUAUAGAAUGAGAUUUUAGCCAAUUGGAUAGUGAACAGUAUAUUUUUUUUUAUUUACAAAUGAAUAAUGUAUAUUCUAUCUGUUUUUACCGCAUUUUUACAAAUUACAACAGAACGCGGUCAUUUGACCUCACAUGGUAGGUUUGGUGUUAAUGUCCAGGCAAAGUUCGAUGGAUCGAUUUCUUCCUAAUCCUAUCCGUGCGUAAAUACAAUACGUUUCCCAAAUGUUUCGCUAUUAGAUAUCAAAUGCACGGAGAGAAGCAGUGCAGUGCAACAAGCAAAAGCGUAUUAUGUUACGUUAUACUGUUACGUAUAAAAUAAUAGAAAAUAUACAAUGAUCUAUAUUCGGAGCUGGUCUCUAAGAAAGAAAAAAAAGAAAAAAGAAAAAAAAAUUUUACACACACACACAAUAAAAUAUACAUCCCACAAAAUUGUUAAAUAUUCUCAUUCGCGUUUGAAAAACCUCGCGUACGCGUACUUAGAUUAUGUGUACACACGUUUGCAGUAUUAUAAUAUAUUAAAUAUGCACAAUAUGAGAACAAGAUGAUGAUGGUGAAUGAUUUAUGAAGAAGAAAAUAAAGAAAAUAUAUAUAGUUAAGACUGAACGUUGAUGAGAAAUUUUCUUCUCGCUCCGACGAUGAAAAGAUUGAAAAAAAAAAAAAAAAAUUAAAAAGGGCAAAGAAAAGAUUUGAAAAAAAAGGAAAACUUUUAAACGCACUUCGUAGCAUGUACGUGCAUUUCUUAAAAGGAAAUUGAUAAUAACGAUUAUAAGAUAAUUAAAAAAAAAAUCCUCCUCAAAAAUUAUUAUUGAAGGUCAAUUUGAUUCGUCUGAUCGAUCGUUUGUAAAAUUUAUUACGUUUUUUGCUGAUCUAGAAUAUAAUAAUUAGUACCUGAAUAUUAUAUAUGUAUAUGUAUGUAUAUUAGAAAGUGGGCCCAAAAGUUUUUAGAUAGACUCAAAAGUUCUCAAACAAAUUUCAAAACCAUGUAAAAACUUUUGAUCCACGUAGAAACUUUUGGUCCACCUUGUAUUUGAUGCUGUUACUAUUUACGAUACGUUUUUUCGUUGAUAAAAUUAUACAGAAUAUUGCGUUGUGUGUAUAAUAAAUUAUCAUCAAGAUAACAAAUAAUAGGAGAAAUACGUGGUGCAUCAACAUAAAUCGAAAGAGGCAGCUGUUUUGGAUAUACAUAAACGUAAAGCUCUUUUUUACUUUUUUUAUUUAAUGUAUUCUUCUUCUAAUUAAUAUUGAAUUAAUAUUGUACGAUAGCGCGCAGCAGAGCUUUCCUCGAUUUACGCAGGAUAUGUCAAAAAUAUGAUUUAGUAGGGUGAAUCGUUGGAAUACUGCCAGUUUCUAAUGGAUACCAGAUGUGUUACGGGUUUUUCGAUAUUCAGUCAUAUUCAUACGGUUUGAAGUCAAUAAUUGCAAUAUAUACAUAUAUAUACACAAUUACUUAUAUAUAUAUAUGUAUAGACAUAUGUGCUAUUUUCUAAUUAAAUUUUAAAUACAUUAUUUCACGUAUAAUUAUUACGAGAAAUCGUUGUUACGAAUUCUCGAUAUCAAUCAUUUCGCUAAAAACAAUAAUCUUACGCUGUAAAUAUGAAUUACAAAAUCAUGCUAACCUGUAUUCCCUUUUUUCUUCUUCUUCUUCUUUUUACAUUAACCCUUUCGUAUCUCGUAUAUGAAUCGCUAAUAACGAAAGGACUAAAAAUUACAUUGCACUUGACAAUUUAUAAACAUUAUCGGGGGAAUAUGUAAACACAUAUCUGCUAUUCUAAUACUUUCUCCCGCGUAUCAUGUGUAUGUCAUUAUCGAAUGAAAAUAAAUAUUUUACGUAAGCCACACACAUACACAUACACAGACACACAUACACACAUACACAUACACAUACACAUACACAGAUAUACUAAUAUACGUAAGUUUUCCAACAAAAUAAAAGGAAAAAAAAGAAUAAAGGGUGAACGUUUUUCUAUGUGUAAUACGAAAAUUUAAUUGUAUAAGUGAACACACACGAGGAGAUAUAUGUUGAAUGUUCAAUUUGUCUAAUUCGUUAUCAUUGGCAUACUAAAUAAUUCUAUAAUGUUUAUGAAAGAAAUAUGUUAAAAAUUGUUUCAUUGAUAUUAAAAAAAAAUAAAAAAGAAAUAUAACAGAUAUUUAUAUAAUACGAAUAAGAAAUAAAGAAAACAAAAAAUAUACGGAUGAUCAAUUUAGCAAAUUAAUUCUUAGAACGAUGAGUUCUAUGCGUUAUGCGAUGAGACAUUAAAUAUACUAAGUGAGAUAAAAGUCACUUUAACCAGAAAUUCAAUUAUACAAGUAAUUUGUUCAUGCAAUGAAGUGCAGUUACAGUUAUACAAACAGCCGGUAUUUUGGUUUAGCAUUUUAUGCGAUUACUAUAGCAACAAAAUUGUUCUUAAAUGUUUUUGUGCAUCUUGAAUGAAAUUAUUUGAGAAAUGAGCUGCACACGUUAACCGAGGAAAAAUGAAUUUUUUCACUACAAUAAAAACUACAAAAAAACAUAACAGAAAUAUAGAAUUUAUAAUAACUUAUUUUCAAACGAGGAAAGCGACUUUUAUCUUACCUUGUAUAUAAAAAAAAACUACAAAUAAAAAAAUGUAAAAAAAAAAUUUCACAACUUCUAUAAUUAGUGAACUAUGAUACAAAUAGUGUAAAUCAGCUUGUUCCGUUAUAAUUUCGACUCGCUUAAUUAAAAGAAAAGAAAAUAAGAAAAAGAAUUAUCCUAAUUAAUUCAAAACACAUUAAUCGACAUUAUAAAAACAUUUAUAAUCUAAAUAUAAUUACAUUAUGAUCUCAAAACGUCGUCUCUAUCGAAUCGUAUGAAUAAAUAAAUAAAAAAAUAAA